UUUGAAUUAUAAUGGUAAGAUUAAUUGAAAUACAGGCUGCCUGCAGUGUAUUUGUAGUCAUUUGUGCCAUUACUUUCGGGUAGGAACUUAUUUACCUCGGAACCUUGUGCGUGCUACAAGGAUGAGCGGGGACGCUGCGAGUCCGUCGAACGCGUGGAAUGUAAACAAACGACUUGGACUACGCUGGGUUUCCCCCCAAUACACUUUAAACAUUUUAAAUAUCAAUGUAUGUUAAUAAUAUACGUUUAAAAAAACGAAUGGGCUUUUAACGGUGCACAGCCGCACUCCACUCUGCAGCUCGCCGACUCAUUUUUCUGAUUAAAAAUGAUACACCAGAUUCCCUGGAUCUACACACCUGUGCGGACGGUCCUGGCCUUCUGGCAGCAGCUCACCAAAACCCAGAUCCCAGAGCUGACCAGUUGCUCGGUGCUGAUGAGGGAGCGCAGCCGAGUGGAGGAGACCAUCUACGCCAUGCAGCGGGCAGGUGCAGGCAGCCUGCAGGUAAUCUCGGACUUUGACAUGACACUGAGCAGAUUUGCCCACAAUGGGAAGAGAGUGCCCACCACCCACAACAUCUUGGAUAGCCGGUUGUUGAUUGAUAAAGACUGCACUAGAAAGAUGAGGGAGCUGCUGAACAUCUACUAUCCCAUAGAGAUUGAUGCAGGCCGCAGUGCUGAAGAGAAGCUGCCUCUUAUGGUAGAAUGGUGGACAAAAGUUCAUGAUCUACUGAUUCAGCAGAGGAUUAGAAAGGACAUGCUCGCACGGGCUGUCAUGGAAUCAGACGCUAUGCUCAGGGAUGGCUACAAAGGGUUUUUCGAACAUCUGGCUGAGCACCAGGUUCCUCUGCUGAUCCUCUCGGCCGGUGUUGGAGACGUGCUGGAGGAGGUGAUCCGACAGAACAACGUUUUCUAUCCCAAUGUCCACAUCAUUUCCAACUACAUGGACUUUGACCAGACUGGCAUCCUGCAAGCCUUUAAAGGCCAACUCCUCCACACUUUUAACAAGAGAGAAGGCGCUCUGUCACACGCUGUCAACCUCCAGGAGCUGCAGGGUCGACCCAACGUGCUGCUGCUGGGAGACUCGUUGGGAGACCUAACCAUGGCCGACGGGGUGACUGAUCCCCAGAACGUCCUGACCAUUGGCUUCCUGAAUGACCAGGUAGAAGAAAGGAAGGAGUCGUACGUCAACUCCUACGACAUCGUGCUGGUGAAAGACGAGACUCUGGACGUCCCAAACAUCAUCCUUAGAUACAUUACCUCAUCAUCAAGAGUCAAGUAAAACACCCACACAUACAUGCAUGCCGGGACUUGUGCACUCCACUGACAGUGUUGAUUAUUAUCACUUACCUUAAACAAGAACUCCAGACUGGGUUUUUUGUGAGUAGAAGUGGUUUAUUAAGUGAAUCAAAGAUGAGAAUCGACUGUAUUUUAUUCAUUUCACUCACAUUUUUCUUGAUUCAUUUCUAAGGCAAAGUCAACAGGAUUUUAGUAUUUUUGACUUAUUUCAGCCUUGCAGCCAAACACACUACUGCUGUUAUUUGAGGCUACACUUGUUUGUGUUUAACUUUAAUAUCAGUUUGAAUUGUAUUUUUUCAUAAGUACCUGCAGCCGUUAACCGUCUUUAUUAAAUUAUUUUAUUUCCUCUCCUCUUCUUAAGAUGGAAUAAAGACCUUUUGGUUUUAAUUUGUUAUUAUGAUAUUAAAAGUAAUUACACAGUUAAAUGGUGAAAAGUGUCUAAAGUACAUUAUCUACCAGCGUGUUUCUACUGCUGCGGCUGUACAACAGUGACCAAACAGGACCCAGGGAAGUUUGUCUUCUCUUUGUUUUAUUCAUUUUUAGGUCAAACACUUUUUUUUUUAACUUUGCUGUUUAACUGUACAAAGAUGCAUAAUAUGAUCAUGAAUGGAAAAAAAGAUAAAAACACAUGUGUUUAUUAAUCUGUGUCAUGUUCACUUCGGGUGUAUUUUGUGUAUACUGUAUUAUACUCUGUGUACUUUGCAAGUACUCGAUGUUCAGCCACUACACAUGCACAUGCACUGUCUUUGGUUCUUCUACUGUGAUAAUAAAGUUCAAUACAGAAACACCAGCACAACACAUGGUACUGCACAGUCCGGCUGUAUCUGGUGUGUGUAAGCUUGUUGUACUUUAUUAUAGGUGUAAUAUUUAAGCAAAGGAAAUGUGAAUAUGGAAAAGCUUGUGAUGAAUGUGCUCUCUUAAGUGUUGGAUGUAGUCCAUGUUUAAAAAAAAAAAAAAAAUGUAUUUAAACAAUGUUCUCCAGGUAAAACAGAUGCGAUCCACUGAAAUCCUUUUUGUUUUUCUAAUAACCCAUGAUUUUAGUCGCUACAUUUGAUUUCACUGAUCCAAGUUUCACAGAAUCAUGAAUAAUAUACCAAUAAGUGACACAGAUAUUACCUUUGUUUGUUUUGCACUGUGAGGUGUUUUUGUUUGUUUUAUCUUCUCUGUCAAAACCUGGCAUCUACAUUACCCACAAUGCAACUCCAACUGCUGACAGUUAAGUCAGAGUGUUAUAGGUGUAUUUCCCCUUUCAGUGUGACAUUGACACGUUUUUUAACUGUGUGACGCAAAGGCAGCUUUAUCUUUUGUCAUCGCUGCAUAUUUUCGACCUCUUUUUUUAUUUUCUGUCGUGAUGCAUGUUGUGGGAAAAAUUGGAACCAUGUUCGUUUUCUGACAUUUUAAUGACUUCAGGGACAAAUAAAAAGGUGCUCCGUC